UAAAUUUUGUUGAAAAAAACCAAAAAUGAGCAAGAAAGUGUACUAACAAAAUUCUGUUUAUAAUCACUCACAAAUAUUUUAUAAAAGUGAUUUUCUUGGAAUACGAAAAUUGAAGAUAGACAGCAGCAAUAGAUUCUAGUGAGAUCAACGCACAACCUAAAGAUCAUUCGUAAAUUAUGCUUCAGAGCAAGAUGUGUGACUACCGUUUAAGUAUGAUUGGAACGAAAUUUUGCAAAUUUUUAGGUGCAAUAAUUUUAAUACUUAUAAUUCUACAAUCAACAGUAAAUGCAAAACGUCAUCACCAUCGCAAUCGUCAUCACGAAGACAAUCAAUUUCAAUUAGGUUCAAUACAACCAACAGUAUCAGUUGAUGCUUACGGCAACUGUUACAGUUUCAACAAUCCAUUGAGAGGACGCUGUUUACGAUUUAUAGACUGUGGAACAGCUGUAUGGUCAUGGGAGCAACAUCGUAUACCACCAGUAACUUGUUAUAGUACAACAUUUGAGCAUUUUGUUUGCUGCCCUGAUUAUAAUCCACCACCUUUUUGGCCACAACAACCGCCACCACAAAUACCGAUACCUCAACAACCACCAAUAAUUCACUAUCCACCAAAACAAAAUUAUCAAGAUCAAAAUAAUGGGAUAACAAGAAGGAAUCAAGAGAAUAAUCCUUAUACGCGUAUAAGUGAACAAGAAUGUUUUAAAAUGUAUGAAGAAAGAGGACAUCGUAAUCGUAAGCACCGAUUUAGAAGAGAACUUAAUAAUGAGGGCCCAAUUUCAGAGGAUGAUCAAAUGAAAAAAAUGGAUUUUGCACGAACUCAAGCUGUAGGUGGAGUAGCUACAUAUAUUAGUGAAUUUCCUUAUAUGUGUGCAGUUGGUUGGAAAAGUUUUGAUCCUACUCAUCGCAAAUCUUAUAAUUAUAACUGCGGCUGCGUGUUGAUUGCUCCUAAAUUUGUUCUAACUGCUGCUCAUUGUGCAACCUUAGGCGGAGAACCACCUAAUAUUAUUAGAUUGGGAGGUAUAAACUUAGAUGAACGUCAUGCUGAAAUGGUGAAAAUUAAAGAAAUUACUCAACAUCCAGAUUAUGAUAAUAAUAUGUCUUACAAUGAUAUAGCUAUAUUUAAACUGGAACGAAGUUCAAGAGAGGUACCAGCAUGUCUUUGGUCUACACCAACUUUACCUCAACAAACUCUUAUCGCCAUGGGUUAUGGGCAAACUAAAUUUGCUGGCCCAUCUUCAAAUACUUUACUUAAAGUGUUCUUAAGUGUUUUAACAAACGAUAAUUGUAAUAAUUAUUAUAAAAAAGAAGAAAAGUUACCACGUGGUGUAACGACCGGUCAAAUAUGUGCUGGGGACCCUCAAGGUAUUAUGGAUACCUGUCAGGGUGAUUCGGGUGGUCCAUUACUGAUGAAAUUGCCAAAUUAUAACAACAUCGUGCCAUAUAUAGUUGGUUUAACAUCUUUUGGUUCAGGCUGUGCAGCUGGUACACCAGGUGUAUAUACUAGAAUUUCAACUUAUAUUGACUGGAUCGAGGAUAUUGUGUGGAAAUAAUUUUAGAACUUAUUUAUUCGUUAAAACAAUCAAAUUUUAAAAAAAGAAGAUAAACUUUGUCUUAACUAAAUAGUUCAAUGAUUCAAAAAAAUAUAUAUGUAUACCAAUU